UAAAAGUUAAGACCCUGGCUAUUGCUUCACUUGGAAAUCCAACCAAAAGUACAGCCUCGACUAAUACAAGAUGAUCUGUCGCCAGUGCUUGCGGGCAUCUGCCGGCAAUCUAAUCCCAAUCUCUUCUCGCACGCGCGUCGUCUCCAUUCGCCAAACCCGGGCCCUGACGAGCUCUCCCAUCCUCACAUCACCACCGACGAGCAGCACGGCAACCUCAUCCGCUCAGUCACUCUCUGCAACGCCUCCGCCAUCUUCUGCCAAUGCGUCUGCUGACAUCAAGGCGCGACCAAAACCCUCGUCAAAGACAAUAACGCGCUCCACGGUACCAGCGGGCACGCCGUUAAAAGGCCUGGCCUUGAUGGUGAACCAGCCCGACCCCGUGGCCAUGGAGGACAGAGAAUAUCCGGAUUGGCUGUGGGAUGUACUGACGCCGAAAGAGAAGGAGACUGCGGAAGGCGGCAGCCGUGGGGAUGAAUAUCUGAGGUCGAAGAAACAGCGUCGGGCGGCGGCGAAAAUUGCCCGUAGGGAGGCACUGGCGAAUCCCGAGGGUGUGGCACCGAAGAUUCCAAUUUAUGAGCAGUCUGUGGACCUGCCCGCUGGUGAUGGCUCUGUGGAUGGUGCUGUUGCGGCUGGUCUUGCGAGAGAGGGGCUAUCGGCAGCUAUGAGGGAUAAGAGGAGAGCUGCAAUCAAAGAGACGAAUAUGUUGAAGAAGAUGGGUGCAUUUUGAUGAAUCAUAAUGGAGAAGAGUGUAUCAUAUAGUGUGCUUUGGGCUACCCUUUCAUGUAUAUACAGGUGGUGUAAGACCAGGCGGCAGGGUAUAUAGUGACAUGUGUGUCGUUAUCGUCCUUUGUCUAUACUUCUAAGUUUCGGAACACCACCUCAUGUGGGAGUCUAAAGCUCGCGCAGAAAUAUCGCUUAUGCGUCGAUACCUUUCUCACAUCUUCAAUAUGGACCUCUGGAGUAUCAGGUGUA